GAGCGUUUCAGAGACUGUCGAGGUUCUGGAACUAGGUGAGAUGGCGGAGUCUGCGGCGCUGGUGUGGAUUCGCGGCCCCGGCUCCGGGUGCAAGGCGGUGCGGUGUGCCUCGGCUCGGUGCUCCGUGUGGGAUUUUAUCCACCGUUACUGCCAAGAUCAGGAUGUUCCAGUGGAAUACUUCUUUGUGAAAUGCAAUGGAGCCCUCAUUAACACCAGUGAUGCUGUGCAGCAUGGAGCUGUUUAUAGUCUGGAACCCAGACUCUUUGGUGGAAAAGGAGGUUUUGGUUCCAUGCUCCGAGCACUUGGUGCUCAGAUUGAGAAGACAACCAAUCGCGAGGCUUGCCGGGAUCUCAGUGGGAGGAGACUACGAGAUGUCAAUCAUGAAAAAGCAAUGGCUGAGUGGGUGAAACAGCAGGCCGAGCGAGAGGCUGAAAAGGAGCAGAAGCGCCUGGAGCGCCUGCAGCGGAAGCUUGCUGAACCCAAGCACUGCUUCUCCAGCCCCGACUACCAGCAGCAGUGCCAUGAGAUGGCUGAGCGUCUGGAGGAUUCCGUCCUCAAAGGUAUGCAGGCUGCUUCCAGCAAGAUGGUAUCAGCAGAAAUCAGUGAGAGGCGGAAACGGCCCAACAAAUCGAGAACAAGCGGAGGAGCCAGUGCAGAAAAAAGAAAAUGCUUUUGGUUGGGCAUGGACGGACUAGCGAGUGCAGAGGGUUCCAGUUCUGAGAGCUCAGAUGAUGACAGUGACCCGGCGCCUAGUACUUCAGGAACGUGUUGUCAAUCUCCCAGAAAUGGCAGUGAUGGCGUUGAGAUGGCAGCCGAAUUUCCCAUUGGUUGUCACAGGCCUGAAGUAUUGAGUGCAGACUCUGGAUCACCAGAAAAACUACAGAAAAACUCAGUGAUUGACUCUGGGAAAGAUACCUCUAAAGACUCGCGUGCUAAGCUGGAAGAGACAUGGACUGAGGAGCAGACAGAAAGGAAGAUGCCCAUAGAAACCGAGGAGGCCCAGGAGAACAAGGAGGCAGAGAGUAAAGCAGCCCGGGCUGGACCGAAUGGAGAAGAAGAGACAAAAGAAAUGACUGAUGGUGAAAGAGCUGCCAAGGUAGCACGUGGACAAGACAGGGAGAACAUUCCCGUUGCCAAGCUGGAGGAGAGCGAGUCAGGAGACACAGUAAGCCAUUUCCGGCAUAUUGGUCAGGGAACUGUAGAUUUACUGGCAUUCAGCUCUGCUGCAGAAUUGGAGUUGCUGGGUUUGGAUCAACUCAAGUCUGAACUGAUGGCCUUGGGACUGAAAUGUGGGGGCACUCUGCAGGAGCGGGCGGCACGGCUCUUCUCCGUCAGGGGACUUGCAAGGGAGCAGAUAGACCCUGCUUUAUUUGCCAAGCCUUUGAAAGGGAAGAAGAAAUGAAUUUCAUAGAGUUGAUUUCCUAUUUCUUUAUAGUGUCUAGCACUUACAACCUGCAUAGUGUUGACUCUUGGCCAUUAUUCCUGUUAUUAAAAGAUAACUUUUUAAUAAUUCAAUUUGAACUGUCCUUUUUCAUUAUUACAUUUAUAGAAUUAAUCUGUGAAAUCAUCUGGGUCUGAAGUUUUCUUAGUGGGAAGACUUGACAACAUAUUCAAUUUCUCUAGGAAAUAGAUUCAUAAUUUUGGUUUCAUCUUGUGUCAUAAAGUAAGUUGUAUUCUCAUGAAAUUGAUCCCUUUCAUCUAAGUGGUCAAAUUUAUGGACAUAAAGUUAUUCAUAGUAGUUCCUUUUAUCCUUCUAAUGUCUGCAGGAUCUGUAGUGAUAACCUCCUUUUCAUACUGAUACAGGUCAUUUCUGUCCUUUUUCUUUCCUAAUCAAUCUAGCUGGAGGUUUAUCUUUUUUUUUUUUAAAGAAUUAGCUUUUUAAAAAUUUUUUUUCAAUUGUUUAUUUUCUAUUUCUUUGAUUUCUGCUUUUAUCAUCAUUAUUUCCUCUUAGCUUUGGUUUACUUUACGCUUUUUUCUUUAGUUUAAGAUAGAAUCUUAUGUCAUUGAUUUCAGACCUUUCUUUUUUACUAGUAUAAAUAUUUAAAGCUAUAAAUUUACCUUUAAGCACUGGUUUAGCUGCAUCUUAAAACAUUUUAACAUGUUGAAUUUUUCAUUAUCAUUCAGUUGUAAAUAUUUUCUGAUUUCCUUUGUGAAUUAUUUGACCCAUAGGUUAUCUAGAGGUAUGUUGUCGAAUGAACAAUUUGGUUUUUUCGUAAAUAUCUUGUCAUUGGUUUCUGCUUUACUUUCAUUGAGGUCAAAGAACAUUCUCUUGAUGAUUUCAGUCCUUUUAAUUUUACUGAGACUUGUUUUAUGGCCCAGUAUAUGGUCUGUCUUGAUGAAUGAACCAUGUACACUUGAAAAGAGUAUGUGUGCUGAACCACUGGGUGAGUGUGUUCUGUAAUGUCAGUCAGGGUAGCUGGUUGAGAGUGUUGUUCAGGUCUUCCAUCUCUUUGUUAAUUUUUUUUGUUUGUUUCUAUCAGUUGCUGAGAGAGGGAUAUUAAAAUCUUAAGUUGUGAUUGUGGAAUUGUCCAUUUCUCUCUUUAAUUCUGUCAGUUUUGGCUUCAUAUUUUGAAGCUCUGUUGUUAGGUUAUAUUAUGUCCUCCUAAUGAAUUGACCAUUUUAUUAUGAAAUGUCCCUCUUUAUCUCUGCUAAUGCUUUUUGGCUCAAAGUCUGUUUUGUGUGAUACUAACAUAGCCACUGUAGCCUUCUUGUGCUUACUGUUUGCAUAGUAUACUUUUUUCUGUUCGUUUACUUUCUACUUAUGUGACUUUAUAUUUGAAGUGGGUCUCUUAUAAACAGCAUAUACUUGGGUCUUGUAUUUUUUAUCUAUUCUAACAAUCUCUACCUUUUGAUUAGUAUUUAAUCUAUUAACAUUAAAUGUAAUGAUUGAGACAGUUAAAUUUAGGUCUUCCCCUUUACUACUUUUCUGGUUGGAGUAGUUAUUUUAGAAUCGCAUUUUAGUUCAUCAGCGUUUAAACUCUUUGCCUAAUUUUUUUAGUGAAUAUUCUAGGGAUUACAGUAUACGUUCUUAAUUUUUCAGUCUGCCUAGAGUUAAUAUUGUACCACUUCACAGAAAAUGUAGAAAUCUUGCAACUCUAUACCAUAUUUUUAUGCAAAUAAUGUGUGCCUUCUACUUUGUUUGCCAGCCACUCCCUCUCCCCACAAGGUAUUUUCACUAGCACUGCUAUGCCUAUUUUUUUACAUGUUGCUGUAGAAAAAAAAAAUUAGCAUAGUGCGCUUACAAAAAUACCUCACGGUGGAAGGGAGCGGUUGGCAAACAAAUGUAGAAAGUGCACGUUACUUUAGUGAGAAUACAGUAGGUCCAUUUACCAUCCCUCUCCUUUAUGCUCUAGUUGUCAUGAAUAUCAAAUCUAUAUACAUAACAAUCCCCAUAGUAUGGUAUGAUUUUUACUUUGACUACUAAACAUACGUAUUUUAAAGAAAUUAAGAGAGAAAAAUAAAUCUGUUAUGGGUUGAAUU